AUGGGUUGGGACAAGGGCCACAGGAACAGAAGAGAUGCCGUUUCGCAAGAACAGGGCCACUGGUAUCUCCUGCGGCGGAAGAGAAGCGGACCAGAGGAAAGCUCCUGGUCCAGGCUUCAUCCCAUUAUCCCUGGCGUAAAUCUGAAAUUAAAGCGCGACAUCAUCAUGUCUGGUUACCGCAUACCAGCAAAUGUGGUGCUAAGAACUGAGUGGUUCGUAGCCGGCAGACUGGAAGAGAACUUCACUCAAGCAUCCACGUUUCUGCCCGAGAGGUGGCUGAAGUCGAGCGAGGAUCAGUCUGGCAAAGCUGGCGUUGAAGCAUGGACCAUGCACCCUUUCGCCUCGCUGCCAUUUGGAACUGGACCACGGACGUGCAUAGGAAAAAGGAUCGCUGAGGCGGAACUCUGCUCACUGCUCACACAGUUGUGA